UAUUCACAGAACCUUCCUUCCUUCCUUCCUUCCUUCCUUCCUUCCUUCCUUCCUUCAAUGGUCUCUCUGUGAGAAAAAGACGCAAACCAAAGCAACAGCCUUAAAAAUAUAAAAAUGGCCAUGUCUCAUCUCUUCCUUUCUUCGCCUCGACCUUCAUUGGCUCCGCGACUCCACUCACCGACCCAGUUGUACUCUAACAAGAGUAAAAGUCUCAAGGGUGCAAAUGAAGCUAAAGCAUCAAAUAGAUUAUUCCUCUGCCGCUCAAUUCAUAUGGAAUCUGAUCAUUCAGGGGACUCAAAGAGGCUUACUUUCGACACCCUUUUGAGGAAAGCAAAACAUGUUUGGAAUGAUUCUCCACAGCCGGUCAAGGACUUCCCUUGGAACAGAGCGUUCGAGAACUUCGUGCAGCUCGUUCUCGAUCUCGCCAUAUCAGUCGUUAAGCUUCUGUUUGUUCCCGUGUUGGCGGUUUCCUCCGUCAGCGAGAUGUCUUAUUGUGCACAUGAGAGGAAGCUUGCUUUAGUCCCGUUCCCGUUACUCAUCGGUGUUGUUGUUGGAGGCAUUCUACAAGGAACCGCUUUGAACAUCUCUCCUCGUCUUAAGGAAGCGGAAGUACCGUGGCAUUUGAUAGCUAUGAUGAUGCUAUUCACUCUGAUCAAGCUUCCUGGACCGUACUAUCCAUAUUGGGGGCGCUUGUUUGUUCCUCAUUUUGCGAAUGGAGUGUUGUUUAGAGCACUUUGGUCCAUGUUCUUUUGGUAUAAGAAGACUAGAAAUACAUCAGGAACUCCUCUGCAGAAUCACAGUUCGGAAACAAAAUGACCGCCUUGACCCAAAGUUGUGUCUUUUGUAGGUGGGAGUUGGGUCACUUUGAUUGGUUCUGGGGAUUAUCUGGAACCUCAUUGUGUUGAGCAUAGAGAGGAGUUUUCUUCUUUUUUACAUCUUCAAAUCUCAUCAGAGAACUCGAGGUAUAUGAGUUCAUUAUAUAUAAUAUUGUAGGCCCUAGAGUUGAGUUCUGUUUUCUCCUCUUUAGUUUUUAUUGACAAUGUUACAUGUGAAAGUUGUCUUAGUUAUCUCGAAGACCACACUUCUUGGGGAAUGUAUUUUUGUAUCUUUGAGAUGGAAACAAGGAGAAGGAAUGGUUCAUGUUUUGUUCA